GUUCCAAAGCAGCAACACCAACCAUCUGAUCGACGUGAAUCUAGGCGACAGUCUCGAUAUACUGUGUCCGUAUUACACGGACAACACGCCCAGCAACAAGAUGGAGUACUAUCUCAUCUACAUGGUGAGUAGCACUUAGAAUAUGUGUAGUAGUUGUAGAUUGGCAAUUUAAAUCAUAUACAAUUUUAAAAAAAAAAUCACAGUUGUUAAGUUCUGUUGCCUAUUGUUUAAGUAAAUAUUGUGACAUCGUAAUACAAAGAACGAGUGAAUCUUGUGACAAAUCUUGUGACAAAUCUUGUGAUAAAUCUUGUGACCAAUCUUGUGAUAAAUCUUGUGACAAAUCUUGUGACAAAUCUUGUGACAUCUUAAUGCAAAGGACGAGUGAAUCUUGUGACAUCUUAAUAGAAAGGACGAGUGAAUCUUGUGACAAAUCUUGUGACAUCUUACAGUAAAGGACGAUUACGCUUGUUGUGUAAGGCCCCACCCCCACCCCCUCUGACAUUUUAGAAAUCAUACAAUUUCGUUACCCCCCCUCCCCCCAAACACCCCCACCACCCUCCCGACAGGUUGACCAGUACAGCUACAACGUGUGCAUCAUCAACGACGCAGCCAAGUCCAACCUGAUCCUCAACUGCUCCAACCCGGAGCAGAGACGGUCGUUCACUCUGCUCAUCUUUGAGUUCCAGCCCGUCCCUGGCAUCACCGACUUCCGGUUGGGCAAGGAUUACUAUUUUAUAUGUAAGUCUCUCCCGCGGUACGCAUUUUCUUGAAGGUCACAGACGUUUAGAUUUUGAUUUAAAAAUAAUAUUAGAUGUUAAGUCUACAGUUUGAGAGAACUCUUCAUAUAAUUUUGAUCAUUAAAGUUGAUGUGGCCUUUAAAACCAUGACAUAUUAAUUACUUUAAUGCUAUUCAUUUUUUUUUAAAUAUAUUUUUUUUAAAGUAUUUUAAGAAAUAUGAUUUUUUUAAAGUUUAAAAAAAAAAAAAAAGAAGAUAAUUCUGUUUUUUUAAAUUUUGUAAGGCAGGUCCAGUGAAAAAAAAAAAACAAAAGAAAAAAAAAAAAAAAAAAAAAAAAAAAAAAAAUUUUUUAAAAAUAUUUUUUUUAAAGAAUUUUAAGAAAAAUGAUUUUUUUAAAAUUUAAAAAAAAAAAAAAAGAAGAUAAUUCUGUUUUUUUAAAUUUUCUAAGCCACGUCCAGUGGAACUAAAAAUACUUUGGACAACCAAUAUGAAGGAGCUUGCAAAGACAAUCAGAUGAAGAUGGUGUUGAGAGUGCGGUCUUCUGAUAAAGAAGUAGUUCCAGGUGGGUAGAAUGUAGAGAGAAAAAAAACACCCCCCCAAAAAAAAUAAAAUAAAUAAAAUGAUAAAAAUGUUAAGAAUUUUACAGAUCCUAAACACAUCAUCUGUUUGUGACAUCAUCUGUUUGUGACAUCAUCUGUUUGUGACAUCAUCUGUUUGUGACAUCAUCUGUUUGUGUUAUGUUAAAAAAAAUAAUCGGCAUCCUUCCGUCUCGUCAGACGAUGGUGCAUCACCGUUGGGUUGGGUAAUGUGUUAUGUUAUCAUAAUUGAAGUAAGGAGAUCGUCAUAUGCAUAAACAAAUUUGUGAUUAUUUGAAUCCUAUUACAGAUGAUUAGGUUAUCCAUAAUACAUAACAAAAGGCUUAUUAUAUACAGGCAAAUAUUAAUACAACAAACAUACAUUUAAAAUAAUAGCUAUGGCCCGCCAAAAAUUGGCCGCUGCAUUGCGUGAACUUGCAGUCUUCUAAAGUUACUUGAAAAAACAUGCAUACGAGUGGCACACUUUUUAAGAUUACCAAUUAGUGCCCCCCCCUCCCCUUAACACCCCCCUCCCCCCAACACACUUUUCUGUAAGCUAUAUUGAACUAUAUUAAUUUUCUAAUGUCCCGCCCCCUGUUGUACUACAAAUUAAUUACACCAAAUAUUGCCGUAAAACAAAUGAAAAUAUUACGCACCAAAUGCACUUGCGAUAUCUUAUUUCACAUCAUUUAGCGCAGUUAUCGGGAAUUUUAUUUUGCACGCUGUUGAACGCUAGGGAUGGACAUUGUUACUAGAGAAUUAUGUAUGUUGAAAAGGCUUGUGUUUCUAAGAACUUAAAAUAGAUAUUCAUAAUCUCUCCCAAAAGAGGUGCCACAGAAAAUAUAACAGAAGUUUUUAACUAUGGUCUGGGGAGGGGGGGGGUGGGCGGUAAAACCCGGUAGAGCUUCAUCAAUAGAUCAUUUUAGCAGAACAUAAUCCUGUGUAUUUUACAAUAAACAGGGCCCCAGGUGUGGCUGGGUGGUUGAGAAAGGAGCCAUCCAUAAAUUACAUCAUGCAUUUAGAAGGGUAAAUUUGUGACAAUGUGGGAAAAGUACACUCAAUCUGUGUUACAAAGUUGUGACCAUUGGAGAGGGGGGUUGGGUGUGAAAUCAACGAAAAUAGAGUUACGUCAUUUAGAGAGGGCCCCAAAUACACAAGAAAAUAAAUUGUUGUUAAAAAAUGUCCGAGAAAUGUCUGAGAAAUGUGGAUUAAUGAUGUCUGAGAAAUGUGGUUUAAUUAUGUCUGAGAAAUGUGGUUUGAUGAUGUCUGAGAAAUGUGGUUUGAUGAUGUCUGAGAAAUGUGGUUUGAUGAUGUCUGAGAAAUGUGGAUUAAUGAUGUCUGAGAAAUGUGGAUUAAUGAUGUCUGAGAAAUGUGGUUUAAUUAUGUCUGAGAAAUGUGGUUUGAUGAUGUCUGAGAAAUGUGGUUUGAUGAUGUCUGAGAAAUGUGGUUUGAUGAUGUCUGAGAAAUGUGGUUUGAUAAUGUCUGAGAAAUGUGGUUUGAUGAUGUCUGAGAAAUGUGGUUUAAUGAUGUCUGAGAAAUGUGGUUUGAUGAUGUCUGAGAAAUGUGGUUUGAUGAUGUCUGAGAAAUGUGGUUUGAUAAUGUCUGAGAAAUGUGGUUUGAUGAUGUCUUAGAAAUGUGGUUUGACAAUGACUGUUAACGUUUGAUUUCAGAUACUGUCAACCCAAGCUCAUCUGGCGGUAAUGCCGAAGUGACGACAACAAAACUCCCCACUCCUCCCACGACAACAACCACAACCACCACCACCACCACCACCACAACAACAACCACAACUGAGAUACCUACCACAAGUAACUUGUUUCAAAGAAGGCCCACAGGUUUGUUUUUCUUAUCUCUUACGCUAUAGUUUUAUAGAGCCUAAAUUGGUAAACACAGUAGUCCUUCUAGUACUGCUCAUUAAAACACUAUGCAGAAGGGUUUGGUCUUGAUACCAAGUUUUAGUAAGAUAAAAAUUUGUUUUCUAAAGAUGAACUCUACAAAGGAAUUUUUUUCUAAAAUGCUGAUAUCUAAAAAUAGACAGUCUUGUGGACACAAACAUUGCAGUAUAUUCACAAAGGAGGUAAAGUGAAUAGGAUUGUUUUUUGUCUCUUCAUUUGAAGAGCAGUUGAAGUAAAUGAGUGAUUUAAACUGUUUCGCAAGUGUUUCUAUUAAAUCAAAUAAUAAUAAUAUAUUGAUAGUUUCUUUUUCAGUUUGUGUGUGUCUGGGGAAGGGGGUUAAUAAAGAAGAUUUUAAGAAAUUUAAAAGGUUUAUUGCUUGAUUAAAAAUAAAUAAAUUUAUAAUGUUAUUAAAAUAAGAAUUGUAUAAUUUAUAUUAAGUUCAUUACAAAUUCUUUAAAAAAAAAAAAAAAAGUGAACUAAAUGUAAGAAGCAGCUAGUUGAGUUUUGAAUAGAAUUUAUUUUACAAGCUUUUACCUUCAAUUCUUUCCAGCUAAAGAUCCAGAAGACGAAAUGCCGGGGUCGGAUGGGUUUCCUGCCGACGAGAAAAUCAUACAAGCCGGUGACAAGUUAAAUUCAGGCGUCAUCGCGGAUGGAAACGGCAUAGAAAAUUCCGGUCUUUCUUUACACAGCCAGCAUGGGCUCUCGCAUGUUUAUUUUUAUGUUUUAGCUGUGACUAUCUUUAUAACAACCUAUGCCCUUCUUGUUCGGUAGUAUUGGCUGUGCUAGUGUUGUAACGUUGUCUGCUUGAUAUUUUUGGCUAAAAUGGGAAGAUGUUGCAAAGUUUCUGAUAUCUCGUUGUUUUUG